AGACUCGAGGCAGGCCGAGUCAGGCCGAAGCUCGAGAGUCGUCCAGGCGUUUUCGGUACGAAGCAGUCCCUUGGAAACCACCCUGAAGCCCGUCGCUUCGCCACUCCGUCGGCAUUCCACCCUUAAAACCUACGCUCGUUCUGAGGCAAAAUCUAGUCCCCGUUGAGACCAACAAGCCAUCCGGCCACAUCCGAAAAUCCGACGAAGAAGAAAGGAUUAGGAACUGUUGAGGCGAGGGACACAAGCAGAGACAUGGACAAUGUGCAAAUGAUCGGCACUAAAAUCACAGCGAUCAAGGAAUACUUAUAUAAUUUCGCACGAACGCAUUCGCCUACCAGACUAAUGAGCUCCGAAAACACUUAUUCGCUCUCUAAAGAGCAUUGCAACCUGAAGUACUCCGAUAUUCUGCCGCAUAAUGCGGAAGGCUAUCCGGCAACUAGAGAGUUCUUGAUGAAGGUGGUGGACCUGCUGCUAGACUUCGUCAAAUCAACGAAUGAUAGAAAUGCGAAGAUCCUUGAUUUUCAUCAUCCUGACGAUAUGAUGCGUUUGCUCGAUCUAGAAAUUCCUGAUACCGGAUUAACUCUUCAACAGCUUUUACUGGAUUGCUCCACAACCUUGAAGUAUCAAGUAAAAACCGGACACCCACGUUUCUUCAAUCAACUAUCAUGCGGUCUCGAUUUAGUGUCUAUGGCUGGCGAGUGGCUAACUGCGACGGCAAACACGAAUAUGUUUACCUACGAGAUCGCGCCCGUAUUCAUUCUAAUGGAGCAUGUUGUUCUACAAAAAAUGCGCGAGCUUAUAGGCUGGAACUGCGGUGAUUCCAUUCUCGCACCAGGAGGAUCUAUUAGCAAUCUUUACGCCUUUCUCGCGGCCAGACACAAGAUGUUCCCGUACUACAAAGAAAAAGGACUCUCUGCUAUCGGAGGACAGCUGGUUAUGUUUACGUCCGACCAGUGCCAUUAUUCUGUGAAAUCAUGCGCGUCCGUUUGCGGCCUCGGUACGGAUAAUUGCGUGAUGGUGCCUAGCGACGAGCGCGGUCGCAUUAUUCCCUCGAAACUGGAGGAAUUGAUCCUGGAGCGCAAGGCCAAAGGUCACAUACCGUUCUUCGUGAAUGCCACUGCGGGAACAACGGUUAUUGGUGCAUUCGAUCCGAUCCCGGAAGUCGCUGAUAUCUGUAAAAAGUACAAUCUGUGGCUGCAUGUCGACGCGGCUUGGGGUGGUGGACUGCUUCUGUCGAAAAAGUACAGGCAUCCGAGACUGACCGGCAUCGAACGAGCUGAUUCAGUAACAUGGAACCCACAUAAACUUAUGGGAGCCUUGCUUCAAUGUUCCAGUAUCCACUUUAAGGAAGACGGGCUACUGAUCAGCUGUAACCAAAUGUCCGCGGAAUACCUGUUUAUGACUGACAAGCUGUACGACGUGAGGUACGACACUGGCGAUAAGGUCAUUCAAUGCGGCCGUCACAACGACAUUUUCAAGCUUUGGCUGCAAUGGCGCGCCAAGGGAACGGAAGGUUUCGAGAAGCACAUGGAUCGGCUGAUGGAGCUGGCGGAGUACAUGGUUAGAAGGAUUAAACAAAUGCCCGACAAGUAUUACCUGAUUCUCGAACCUGAAUUGGUCAACGUCUGUUUUUGGUAUCUGCCUACGCGCGUGCGGAACAUGCCACAUACCGCGGAGAGAAUAAAAAUCUUAGCCGAGAUAUGUCCAAUUCUGAAAGGUCGCAUGAUGCAAUCCGGCACGCUGAUGGUUGGUUACCAGCCGGACGAUCGACGGCCCAACUUCUUCAGGAAUAUCAUUUCCAGUGCCGCUGUAACGGAGGCCGACGUCGAUUUUCUUCUGGCUGAGAUGGAUCGACUCGGCCAUGACUUGUAAGAAAUCUGUCCACACAUAGGCAUUAAUUGAUACGAUGUGCAGCGAUUAGCUGACUGGCACAACCACCAUUGGCAAAACCGCGUGAUUCGUGAUUUUAUCUCAGUGCAUUUUUCGCGACACGUUUUAGAAAAAAUUAUAAAUUCGAGACUCAGGUCACAAAAUUCAGAACCACCAAUACGAACGUAAGACAAUACGAUAAAAUAGGCGGUUUUAAUGUUACGAUUGCAGAUAUAACACAAAUAUCGACUUUAUCCCCGGUUUUAUAUUUUCUAAUUUUCCGCCAAAAUGACGUCACAAUUUCUAAUUAAUUUCUAAUUUAUUUAGUAUUUAAAUUUUUAUUAGACUGAGCAAAGGAAACAUUUCCCGUGGUAUACUUUAGACUAUUACGCAUUUUGUGCCUGUAUAACCAUUCAUUCGUCGUUCCAUAACAUGUUUUAUAAAAUAUGGAUGAAUCGAUAAUACACUAUAUAAUUUAUUGGUACACCAGGAAAAUAAUUUGAACUUACUUCUCAUUAUUGAACGAAAAUGAUAUUAGUGAAGGGUCGAUGUGUAGUUAAAUGCUUCUUUAUCUCGCGACCAGUUUGCAGCAGCGACCUGCACGUCGAAAAAUAUAUGUAGUAUAUAAGUUUUCUAGAUUUAACGAAAUACACGGCAUAUCCAAGAAACGAAGUUAUGAAAUCAAAUUACAAAGUUAAUGAUGCUUCCGGCCGUAAGCUAUGCAGAUUUGUUAUUUUUUGCUGCUUUUGAUGCACGCACGAUAAUAUUUAUGCAAGUGAUAAAAUGAUCAAUCAUUAAUCGAAGCAAUAAUAGUGUACAUUCGCUUUUCAAAUAAAACAUCUAAAAAAUUUUUUUUAUUCUCAAAACGCGGAUUAGGUUAUCGUUGUUCAAAAUUUAUAUCAAAAACUUGUUUUUAAUGUAUAUACUACUUUUGCAAGUAAUAUAUCAAAAUUGGUUUUGAAAGAUUUAGGUAUAAAGUUACAAAUGGUUCUUUGAAUUUAUAAAAAAAUGUUUUUUUUUUGCGAAUAUUUUAUAUUUAUAAAUACGUUAAAUUAAAUAUAUUUAAUUUGUUAACAAUUUUUGUACAGUUUAUUUGAAGAUUCUAUGCACCAUUUACUGCGUCUUAUGCUCUUAUUAGCCUUUCUUUUUGUCCACUGAUUAUCAGACAUUUCAAAUAUUUCUGAAAUUCUUAAUAGU